AUGGCCUCGAAGGAAGAAGAAGCCGCUGCUGUACAGCCAUUGACCGCCGAGGAAAAAAAUGGCGAUGCCCCGCAAGUGGCCAUUGAAGACAACAGAGUUGGUCUGAAGAAAGAAGUUUCUCUUAUAAAUGGCAUCGCACUCGUCGUCGGAGUCAUUAUCGGCUCCGGUAUUUUCAUCUCUCCGACUGGCGUCCUCAAGCGUACCGGUUCAGUAGGAAUGAGUUUGGUCAUUUGGGCUGGUUGUGGUUUCCUCGCGCUUCUAGGAUCCCUAUGCUAUUGUGAAAUGGGUACGAUGAUCCCGAAGUCCGGCGCUGAAUAUUCGUACCUCAAGAAAGCCUUCGGUCCUCUUCCAGCUUUCCUUUACAGCUGGACUCUGGCUUUGAUCCUUCGCCCGGCUUCACUCAGCGCCGUUGCUCUUACUUUUGCACGCUAUGUGAGUCAGCCUUUCUUUCCAGACUGCGAAAUCAGCCCGAUUCCAGUUAGAAAGAUUUUGGCAGCGGCGUGCCUCGGUAAGUUUUAAUAAUUAAUCUUUCCCUUGGUGAAAUCGUAUGCUUCGGCUGAUAGUUUUUCGCUAAAUCGGGUGAACCGCAUGGUCUGUUUACAAACCCAAUCCCUUCAGGUUGUGGUUCGCGUUGAAAAGUCACGAGACAAAGUUGACAUUCCUGCCUGGAGGCUUGGUUAGUAUACAUGUGCUCACGCAAUGCAAUAAAGUCGUUUCGUUUUAUUUUCCAAAUUUUCUCACUUAGCUACCGCGUGUCUAUGUCCAUUUCGCGACAACUUUGUUUUUGUCCGGUAUUGCAUCAGAAAGCAGAAAAACGUGUGCUAAGUGCAAUUUGCAUACCAGAGGUCACGGGACUUAUUCAGAUAGUUUUCAAGAAAAUAUACCGACAUGGUCGUUAUCUCCCGGGAGGUAGUUCUAGAACUCUGGGUGGAUUUAACUAAUAUAGUCUUGGAAUUUGCCUUUUAAUUCUUUUUAUUGUUGAGUAGUGAAUUAACAAUAACAGAAAAUUUCAAUGGGAAAAUGCAACGGCUGUUCACUUUAGUUGUAAAAUGAAUCCACCCUUUGUGUGGGCGAUUAUUCACGGCACGAAAGUUGAGGAUGCCCAAUAAGUGGAAAGAUUUUUUAAUUUUCGGCUGCAGUUAGUUUGUUUUUUCCAUUUUUUUGGUAGUAUGAGUAUGUGCAUGCUUAAAGGCGAUGUAAACAGAAAAAGAUUCCCACAAAGCACUUCUUUUUUCCUCCCAGGGAAAAAUUUUUACGCUGUGGCUAUAUGGCCGGUGACCGGUCAAGGUUUUCAAAACACUAAAUGACCGGUAGUCUUGUCUUUUCAGUAAAUGUCACAAAUCGAACAAAUCCAGCUAAACCAAACUAUCAUAUGUCGAUUAAGAAAAGUCAAGCAAUCCUGAAAUGCUUUAUAGAUCUCAAGAAUAACGUUUCGUUGGCUCACGCUGGGCUCAGAAGAGAAAACCAUGUUUUGUGACACUUAGAACUUUUUUCAGCUUGACUGCCGGUCAAGAUGUUAAAAAAACACUAAAUGACCGGCAGUCCUAUAUUCUCCGUAAAUUUCACAGAUAGAAAUAAUCCAGCUAAACCAAACUAUCAAGCGAAACAGUCAAGUGAAAUGUACUGAGAAUAUGGGACGGCCGGUCAUUUAGUGUUUUCAACACCUUGACCGGCAGUUGAGCUGAAAAAAGUUCUAAGUGUCACAACACAUGGUUUCGUUUUCUGAGCCCAGCAUAAACCAAACGCUAGACUGACUUUUCUUUAUUAACAUGUGACAGUUUAGAUUAGCUAGGAUUUUUCGAUUUUGUGAAAUUUACGGGGAAUAUAGGACUGCCGGUCAUUUAGUGUUUUGAAAACCUUGACCGGCAGUCAAGCUGAAAAAAUUUAUGUGUCACAAAAUGUGGUUUCGUCUUCUGAGCCCAGCGUAAACCAAACACAACACUUGAGAGCUAUAAAGUAUUUCAGGAUUGCUUCACUUUUCUUAAUUGACAUAUGAUAAUUUAGAUUAGCUGGGAUUUUUCGAUUUUGUGAAAUGUACUGAGAAUAUAAGACUGCCGGUCAUUUGGUGUUUUGAAAACCUUCACUGGUUACCGGCCAUAUAGCCACGGUGAAAUUUUUAGGGCAAAUUGUGUAUUACAAAGCCAGCUAUACGAACAAACUUUCAUGAGGGGUACAUGGAGGUUUACAGUAUUGCAGUAUUGAGCUUUUUUCAAGCAGUAUUGUGAUAAUUUUGAUUUUAAUGUGCAGUAUUGCACUAUCAUCUAGUCCAGCAGUAUGGUUUUUUCAUCCUUUUGGCUAACGGUAUUUGCUAAAAGAAGAUCACGGUAUUGCAGUACCAUUUAUUUGCACUCUCCUGUCUACCCCCCCAGGUCAAUGCCAUUUUCAACACACAACCUAGUAAGCUAUACAGGUUAAUAAAAGUAGAUAUUUUAAAGACUUUAAACUUCAUGGUAAAUGAUUACUCAAUGUUUGAUUGUUUAUCUACAAUGAAUGGUAGGGAACCCAGUGACGAGGCUUUUCGAUUGUUGUACAAUUGAGUUGAUUGCUGAUACACACAUGCUUGAGAUAAAAAAACACACGAGAUGGCUACAACUUUAAGUAUGCGUGACCGAUUGUACAUGCGGUAUUGGUAUUUCAAUGAAUUUUGACACGGUAUUUCGGUAUUUGUCAAUUUUUCCUUGCUGUAUUGGGUACCUCCUAAUGCCCCCUCUUUUACCCAUUAUUUGCCACCACUGUGAGAUAUUUUUCACUAUCCACCCUUAAAAGAAAUAGAUGGAAAGUCAUACGAGAUUGUUAAGUGUUUGGCUUCCAUUUUGGUUUUGAAUAAUGUUGGGGAGUUAGCAAGUGAGAGUGUAGGUUGUGUGGGUGAAACAGUAACUUACCGGUAAUAGAGGUAACAACAGUAGGAGAAACCUCAUCAGGGAUGGCUAAAAGGUGGCUGUGGCAGCUUAAAAGAGGUGGCUACUUUAUAGCGCCUCUUCACUUACAGGCUUAAUGACCACAGGAUUAGGUUGGGACACCAAUAUGGAGAGCUUGACAUCACGUGACAUCACACUCUAUAAUUGUAGAAAAGAAUUGUAAAUUAAACCUCUAUUGUUGUAACUAUUAUUUUGGGACUUUGGUUACUUGGUGCGUAAUAGAGGGUGACCACAGUAUGUUAAAGCAAAAAGAAAUGAACUUCCAAUUUCAUGAACUUACUCUUUUUUUCAGCACUGACCAUGUUUAUAAAUUGUGGGAGUGUGAAAUGGGCAACACGCAUCCAGGACACCUUUACUUUCGGAAAACUGAUCGCACUUGUGAUCCUGAUUGUGAUCGGUCUUAUUGAAGUUGGAUCAGGUAAGCAGAAACAAGUGCAAGUUUGACACCUGAAUAAUAAUAAUAUUAUUAUUAUUAUUAUUAUUAUUCUUUUUUCAUUCAAAAUGAAUUGUUUUAAUUGAAAUGAAAUAUUUUUAAUUUGAAUGAUUUUUAUUUAAUGAAAUGAUUUUUUUUUCUAAUCAAAACUGUUUUUUUAACGAAAGCGGGAAUUGUAAAUAGUGUUUUGACGAAAUAGUUUUUUAAAGUGAAUUAAUUGUAAAUAGGAUUUUAAUAGUUAGUAUGUUAUAAAUAAAAUAUGUGAUUAUUAUUAUUAUUAUUAUUAUUAUUAUUAUUAUUAUUAUUAUUAUUAUUAUUAUUAUUAUUAUUAUUAUUAUUAUUAUUAUUAUUAUUAUUAUUAUUAUUAUAUUGUCAAACACAAACCUUAAACACCUGAAUUACUGUGGGAAUGCUUUUGUGUUGUGACCAGUCCCACAAAAGAAAAAAUCAGGACAUGGAAGCAAGCCACCAAAAACACAUAACUAAUAUUAUUACUGUUGUUGCUCACAGCUUAGUUUUCUUUUGCCUGAUUGGCUCUUCCCUUGUGACACAAUAACAUUCCAGAAACAUUUCUGGUGUUCUCAGUUUUUUGAGUUUCACAGUAUUGACAGACAAAAUGAAAAGAAAAAUUAAAAAUAAUUGACAUUGAAACUACUACAAGCAACAAAAAUUAAUGUGUUUGAGUGAGAGGUAGCACCAACAAAUAAGCAUCUCUAAUUCACACUCACCUGUACAUAAGAACAGAAAAGACAUUUUUGUUGAGAUAUUAAGACAUCUUCCAUACCUUUCAGGUAAUGUUCAGAAUUUUAGCGGAGCAUUUAAAGGUACUACGUCAGACUUGGCAAAUAUUGGUUUGGCAUUUUACUCUGGGCUUUGGGCCUAUGAUGGAUGGUACGUUGCCCAAGGCUGCCUAGUACAUCAAUUAAAAAAAAGUGGUGUGGUAUUUAUUUCACUACUUCAGACCCCUAUUUGAAUUGUCUUGAUUUAGAAUGGUUAUAGUUCUUAAAGGCUGUGUGUGCUCUAUGAAAGUUGUUGAAGGACCUCCAAAAUCUCUAAGUUAAAACCUACAUAAAUCUCUUGUUCACAAUGUACAGUGGAAUCGUGAUAUAACAAUCCUUAUUAUAAGGAAGUUUCUCGUAUAAGGAUGAAUGAAUUUCCUGUAACAAAAGUUACAGUAAAUUGUAUUGGACAGGACCCCAAUAUAACGAUCUUCGAUAUAAUGAUAUUAUCAGUACACAGUCAUAAUUUAAGCAAAACAUUGAAGUUAAAACAAUAACAUUACAGUAAUCAAGUAAUCUCUAAUGUUUCUGACAACUUACGUAGGCUGUAGAUAAGUCUGAUAACAGAAACAUUGAACAAAAACAACUUAAGAAGGACUGUAAUAAGUGUGUCAUCUGCAAAAAUGCAUUACUUGCUGGCCAGUGACUGGUUAACAACAAACAAUCAGGCUUGAUAAAGCUUAACGAUGUUAGCAACACUGAGCAAUAAUUAGGAAUAGAUACAAAGAAGAUCAUUGCAAGUAAAGAUGCAACUUACGCAGUUGUGGUCCAUAUUUAAAGAAAGCCUGAAAAGAUUCAGGCUUCCUGGUAUUCAAACCCUUACCGCUGUGAUACUGGUGCAGCGCUGUAUCCAAUGAACUAGCAAGUUAAUUUGGAGCUUGGUGAUUGGGUUGUAGUUUUUUGGUCUGCUUUUAAUGUAUCCUGAUGUUUUGUUACAAGUCGUCUCUACCAAUCAAUGUACGGGUCAUCAUGGCCUUCUUAGUUUGUCAGUAAAGUUGAAUACCAGAUUAACGGACUUUCUUCAACCUUCAUUUCCAGGAAUAGCUUAAAUUUUGUAACUGAAGAGAUGAAAAAUCCAGAAAGGUGAGAGAUAAAAAUUUGAUGAUAGAAUGUGGAAAAGUUAUAAUUUAUUACAUGAUAAUUUAUAAAAAAGGUAUUAAAGGGUGUCAGGAUUCAAAAUAAAAUCCGUAGGGCGGCUGGUGAUUUUUGUAAGCUAUUUUGGAUCAGGCCACUUUUUUCCAGUUAUGUGGAAAGGUUAAAUAACCCUUAAUUUAAGCGUUUUUUCAGGAUACAAGAUGGCAAGUAUGUUGUUAAAUUUGUCUUUGUUAUGUUGAUCUAUAAGUCAGCUUGUACACUUAAAAUUCUUGCCCUUUUUUAAUGCUGCUGACUGAAUCACUUCAUAACAAACAAUAAUGCUGCCUUAUAUUAUAAAAAUUAACUUGUAGGGGUAACACAAUUACUGGUAACCCAGUAGUUUACAUUGUGGCCCACAGAUAAGGGCAGAUACAAAUAAUUAUUGAAAUAAACAUAUGAAGGUUAAGAAUCCCAACUGGUAGUAGACAAAGCGUUGGGCGUAGUCACUAAAACAUGGAACGACCUACAACCACCUACAACCACCUACAACCACCUAAAACCACCUAAAACCAUCUACAACCACCUACAACCACCUACAACCAUCUAAAACCACCUCAAAAACAUCUACAACCACUCGCAAACAAUCUAAAACCAUCUAAAACAAGGAAUAAAUGUCUCAAAUAAGGCGAGACGACAACAUGUCACGUACAUGAAAUACGAGAAUCGAACAAAACAUCCACUUCCCCCCAAAAUCUUACUCUCCCUGGUCCCCCCGGGCUGGUCCCUUGUAUCAUCAACCAUUAAGCUUAACACAAAACUUCCACCGCACUGUCCUCUUAUGUUGGGAGGGCUGGGAUAUAAGUUUGAUUUUGCUUCCUCUCUCUUGUGAAACUCAUCGACAAUUUGAUUAUAAUUUAAGCAACAACUGAUGGUUUGUGAUUUUUAAUUGUUUUAAAAUCAUGUUUCAAAUGUCACAUAACCAGUGAUUACAUCCCGGGGGGGGCACUUGGGUAUUUUUUGGGUGGGUAUGUGCCGUCCAGGACUCCAAAUUGGCACCCCGUUCUAGAAAAAAUUUCCCCUUAAAUUGAUACCCCGUUCCAGAAAUGGGCCAAUUUUUUAUACCCCGUUCUAGAAUUCUCCCUAAAACUGAUACCCCGUUCUAGAAAUGGGCCAAUUUUUUACACUCCGUUCUAAGGUGCAUCAAGAGUACAACGGUUUGCUUGUUAACGCAUUGAAACGUAUUUUUAAAAGCAAUCUGUCCUUGAAUAAUUUCAAAUGGCUGCUUACAAAAGUGGAGCUUUCGUGCGUUCGAAAUAUUAUACCCCGUUCUAAAAAACGCCUCUGAAAUGGAUACCCCGUUCUAAAUCAGGAGCUUCAAAAUCACGACCCCUUUGGGCAGCACAUACCCGUGUAGGUAAUGUAUGGGAGUACCCCCCCGGGGAUUACAUGUGGUGCGAAAUCAAAUGUCUCACUGGUACCCAGGGUAGAAAAAGCCAAAUCAAGUCAGUCUUUCGUCUACGUGUUUGUUAUUUUAUUUUAUUAUUUUUUGUGACUUGAUAGUUCAUUUUGUAAAGUUCUUUAAGUCUUUUUUAUACUUAGCGUGAUCUCGCAUUUCAUUUCGUGACUUAAGCCAAUGGUUGAUGAUACAAGGGACCAGGGAGAGUAAGAUUUUAGGGGGAAGUGGAUGUUUUGUUCGAUUCUCGUAUUUCAUGUACGUGACAUGUUGUCGUCUCGCCUUAUUUGAGACAUUUAUACCUUGUUUUAGAUGGUUUUAGAUUGUUUGCGAGUGGUUGUAGAUGUUUUUGAGGUGGUUGUAGAUGGUUGUAGGUGGUUGUUGAAUUUUUUUGAGGUGGUUGUAGGUGGUUGUAGAUGGUUUUAGGUGGUUUUAGGUGGUUGUAGGUCGUUCCAUGUUUUAGUGACUACGAAGCGUUGGGCUAUUUACAAGGGUGGCUGCAGCCAAGCCAAAUUUUUUUCACUUGCUGCUCAGCAGCUGCUGGAAACUUGUUAGACUGUUGGUUUGAAUGUUUCUCUACACUCUGUUUUGUUUGUAGCAUGUUAAUCUUGUCUUUUUUACUUUUCUCUUUAUGUAUGAUCUUGAUUCGUGAGCUAGGGUCAAUGUGUUAUUUUACAGAAUAGUUGUUUUUAGGAACUCAAUAUUUGGCAGUUUCCAGCAUUAGUUUUAAAAAAAAACUCAAGCAAAAGGUUUGUUAAACAAAUAAAAUCGCCGUUUCAUGUCUUAAAAUUGCCAGCUGGACAUCAUCGGGGGCAAGUUGCUUUUUUAAACCUGGGUCUCACUUACUCACUAAGUUUCUAAACAAAGUUCAGGAAUUGACAGUAAUGUUCGCGUAUUUUCACAUUGUAUAGGGAUCUUCCCCGAUCACUGUUGAUUGGGAUUCCUCUUGUUACCAUUGUUUACCUUCUGACAAACAUUGGUUAUAUUGCUGUGAUUGGAGGAGAAGGUAUUUUGAACUCAGGGGCUGUUGCCAUGGUAAGCUAACUUAGUUUAUUUAUUUAUAACCCUUCUAUAGCCCUGAUACCAGUAUGUCCAGCCUUGUUUCCAGAGCAGCAAGUCCCCCACAAGUUUGCAUUUGACAUCACCCAUGAAGGGUGUCGUGAGAAUUCACCUGGCACUGUCACAGACUAGCUAGUUCUGCCACACCAAGUCCAUGGCCUUUCUUGUUCACCCUCAUAGCACUAAGGACAAGGCUGGUGCAAUAUGCCCACAAUAUUCGACUUAUAUUCUUAUAGUACUGAUGACAGGAAAUAAUAUGUACUUUUGUUUAAAAUCAAGCGUUUUGAAAACCUCUGGAGAUCUUUUCCUGUCUUCUCACAAUUUUAAUGUUUGAGUUGUUAUUGUUGUUGCCUUUAUUUGCUAAAAAAUGCCCUUAAGGCAUUCUUGGGGGUUAUGUUACCCACUUAACAUAACCCAAGCAAUACUAGUACAUUUAUACGUACUUGUAGUUGCUUCUAGAAAUUGAUAAAAUUAUUGUCUGGCACAGACCAUUUUAAAAAGCUUAUUUACUUACUAUGUACAAGUUAAUUGUGACUGAACAAGACAUGAAUUUGAUUUCCAGGAGGUUGGCGAAAUGAAGCUUGGUCCAGUGAGCUGGUUGAUCCCCAUCUUUGUCGCAUGUUCCACUUUUGGCUGUGUAAAUGGACUGGCCUUUAGUGGUGCCAGGUAAGUUGAUCCUUACACUCAAAUCAAGAAAUCCUAAUACCAAUAUACUUAAGUGCUCUUUAAAAAAAAUUUUCUUAGAAUGUUCACACAGAAGAACUUGGUCCUCUAAGCCAAGGUUCAGACACCGUGCUUCACCUUAGCGGAAUCGGAUUUGAAUUUAGGGCCAGCUGAAUCUAUUCUCGGUUGAACCAGGCAUAAAGAAUGGCUCAGCUGAUCCAAGUUCAAUAGAGUACCGAAGUGUGACGUCAUAGAAAAUGAAAUUUGUGAAAUUAUGGGAAUUGUUAAGAUAUUCCGAAAGAACAACGUCCAAGACGCCUACUCGCCAAAAAUUAGCAAUUUGGGGCAGAUUGUCUCUGAGAUAUUAACCCAGUUAUGCUCCAAUAACUCCAUACAAAUCCUUCUAAAUCUUACCUGGUCCCUAAUCUUAUGAACCAAGCCAAAUUUAGAAGGAUUUGUAUGGAAUCGUCGCAGCAUAACUGGGCUAAUAUCUCAGAGACAAUUUCCCCCGAAUUGCUAAUUUUUGGCGAGUAGGUGUCUUGGACGUUGUUCUUUCAGAAUAUCUUAACAAAUCCCAUAAUUUCACAAAUUUCAUUUUUAUGACGUCAUCACUUUGGUACUCUAUUGGCCAUUUUGAGCACAUCCAGACAGGCAGGUACAAAAAUCGGACCGGAUCAACUCGGAUCGAAUAAAAAAAUAAAAAUAAAAUAAAAUUGGACUCGGAUCAACUCGGAGCAAUGAAAAAAAUUAAAUUAAAUCAGCAAAUCUGAAAAUUUAACCCAUUUGGAGGGUAAAAAAGGCCAGAUCAUCCUUUUUUUCUCCGUGGCUUUCAGGUGCCAUUUUGUUUUACUAGUGCCAGUUCACCUCUCUGAUCAUGUUAUAAACUUGUGAUUGUGGUUCGACAGUAAAGAAAUGAUAGUUUCAGUCGCCUAGAAUGUAUAUAUUUGCUUAUUUAUUAGACUACUGAAUUAUUUAUGAGAAAAACAUCAAAAGCCUGGUCUGUUGAUCCCAUUUAGAUAGUUACCGAAGAGUGUUUGUUUGUUUGUUCCUGUUUGUUUUGUUUUUUCUGCAGGACUUCUGAAACUUAAUUUUAAUGAUACACUAGUGAGCAGCACACAUACAUUUCCGGUGAACAUUUUCAACUUGGAAGGAGGAGAAACCAUGCUCGCCCAGGACAAAGGAAAUUUCCAUGCCUUGGCAAGAAUCAAACUCGUGACCCUCCGGUUCAGUGGUUGGAACGUCCAAUAAACAUGUAGUAUUCGGAGGGUCGUGAGUUCAAUUCUCGCCCGGGGUACGAAAAUUUUCAUUGUCCCGGGCGAGCAUGAUUUCUCCUCCUUCCGAGUUGAAAAUGUUCACUGGAAGUGUAUAUGUUGUGGUUCAAUUUUAUCCUUGGUUUAAAUUUUAUUUUCUUUUGUUUUUAGCUAUGUUAAUGUAUGAUAAUGAGUUUAAAACAAAAGAAAAUAAAAUUUAAACCAAGGAUAAAAUUGAAGCACAACAUAUACAUGUGUGCUGCUCACUAGUGUACCAUUAAAAUUAAUAAAAAUAAAAAUAAAAUUUAUUUACGCAACCACGAGUUUGUGAGAAAAAACAAAAUGGCGGGUGAAAGUUAAGUGAUACCGACUAAUAUUAUUUUUCUUUUUAUAAUCCGAGUUGUUGUUUUUUUAUGAUCCGAGUUGAUCCGAGUCCAAUUUUAUUUUAUUUUUAGUUUUUUAUUCGAUCCGAGUUGGUCCGAGUCGAUCUGAGUUGAUCCGACCCGGACUGGCGGUCCGAGUUGAUCCGGUCUGACUUUUGUACCUGCCUCAUCCAGACGCCACACCUCACAUGUACUUAAUUCACUGAAUUCCAUUCGGCUCAUGUGAAGUACGACUUCUGAACUGGGCUGAACUCAAAAGUUAGAACUGUGCAUCUUAUGCAAUCCAUCCAUCUCUAACUGGAAAAAAAAUGAUAGAUCAAUGAAUUAUAAAAUACUCGUUCAGAGUGAAUGAAUAAUCCUGAAUAAGUAAUCUCCAUAGUAGUACAGAGACAUUUUUCAGACUGUUUUAAGUCUGCUAUGUUUUCCAGAAUAUUGUCAAGAUCAAGCCCUUUCUGCAAUGAACAGCCAUCUUGCUUUCUGUACCAAGAGGGUGUGUGUCGGGUUUAUAGCAGUGGAUGGAGGGAGACAAGAAAAAGCCACCAGAUUAGUGAUUAGACAGCCAUUUGUAACCUGCACUGAAGUGCAACAGGGAUAUCAGGCCACAGUCUUCCUAUUAGCCUGCCUCAUAACAACCCAUCCCCACCCCCUAGGUAGUUUUGAUACUCCUUCCGUCUCCUCCACUUCCAUUUAUAACCAGGAUGGUCCCUUGAUACAGUCACUCAUACUGAUUGAGGGUUAGUACAGGCUUGUUUUACAGAAAGGUUGGAUAUCUGAUGUUCACGUCUGCUUUUCAAAAUUUAUGGUGUACCCUGAUUGUUGGCUACACUUAAUACAAGUUUCACAGUAGCAGCAAUCUUUUACUUAUUUCUUCUAAAGUUGGGAAGUCAGUACUUGCCAAGCUUGUGUCUCACAGUCUUGGCAAUUUUUUUGACAGGUUGGUUUACGUAGCAGCUCAUAAUGGCCACAUGCCAAAAGUUCUGGCCAUGGUUCACAAUACUCGCAACACUCCUAUGCCUUCAAUCAUCUUCUUGGUAAGGGGCUCGGGGUUUUUUAUGCCAAAGUGGAACUUUUUUGAAAGGGAGUAGGGAACUUUUGAUAACCGAGUUACCAGGGGAACAGCCUACUGGUUCUUUUCUAACCCUGUUUAAUUUAAGUGCUUUGCAUUCAAUCUUCUUCAAAAAAUCAUUAAAAAUUCAUAACGAAAAAAACAAAAGAAGUUAAUGUUUAAGUGUAUUUAUAUCUGAUAAAGAAAUGACUUUAUGUCCAAAAUGUUUUAGACCAAAAUAACCCCAAAUCUAAAUAUUGGUGCAAGAAUGAGUUGAGCUAUAUAUAUCAGAGAUUUUAAAGCUGUUCAAAAUACACACAGUCAUGUAGAUUAUCAGAUGUAAAAACUCUCGGCUUCGUCUCAAGUUUUUAAACCUGAUAAUACACUCCUGCUCAGUUCUUAAACAGUACUUAACCACACACUCUGUUUUUCAAAGUCAAAUUCUAUUGUAACUUGUAUUUCUUGUUAUAUUACAGCACGUCAUUGCCAUGAUCAUGUUGAUUCCAGACUCCAGUAAAUUCAGUACGCUUGUGAACUACUUCAGUUUUGCGGCAUGGCUCUCAUACUGUGCAGUCUUUGUAGCACUGCUGUACCUGAGAUGGAGAGAACCUAAUGCAAACAGACCAUACAGGGUAAAUAGAUGUUUUUUUUUUCAUGUUAAUUGGAAUAAUAAUACUAUUUACUUACCCUAACAGUCAGUGUUUGUGAUUUCAAGAGUGAUCUACACCUGUUUGAACAUGCAGAAAUUUCUUCCCAAAUAAGUUAUGUUUUCUUAUGCUUUCAUAAUCCAAAAACUACUUCUGCAUUACUUUUGAAAAGUACCAUGAAUUUCUCAGAAUUUUUAUCAAAAGGAAUGAUUUGUGAUUUUUAUUUUUUUACUUUGGCUUAAAAGAUUUAAGAAUUUAAAGAUUUAAGGAAGCCAUUCUUCUUACAUGUAGCUGUGGGGCUGUGCUUGCAUUUGUCUCCUACACAAGGGCUCUUUGAAAAUGGCAAAGACUGUUGUGCCUCUCUAAUGUCAUUGUUAUUCUGCUGCAGGUUUGGUUGAUUGUGCCCAUAAUUAUGGUGCUAGCAUCUCUGUAUCUCCUGAUCACUCCUUUUGCUGGUGAGCCUGUGGAGUCCACAAUGGCCCUCAUCUUCAUAGCUGCUGGUAUCCCUGUAUGGAUAAUUUUUUGUUGGUGGGACAAGACAAAACAUGCCUGUGAUGACUUUUGUGGUAAGCAAUCUUACUUU